AUGCUUGUCCUCCUAGUGGCGAACCUGAUAAUGCUACCUGUGAUUAUCUCAUUUUUCAAUGACGAUAUGUCCAGCAAAUGGAUUGUAUUCAAUGGAAUUUCCGAUGCCAUCUUCUUCAUGGAUAUUAUUGUCAAUUUUAGAACUGGUAUCAUCAGAAAUGACUUUGUGGAUGAUAUCAUCUUGGAUCCAGAGGAAAUUGCGCGGGAAUACGUUCGAACUUGGUUUGUAGUCGACCUUCUCAGUUCGCUUCCAAUCGACUAUGUGCUACUUGCAUUCCGAUCAAGUGAAGUUGAAGGUUCAGAACAACUAGUUCAGGCGGGACGAGCACUACGGAUCUUACGCCUUGCCAAGUUGCUCAGUUUACUACGAUUACUUCGGCUUUCCCGCCUUGUCCGUUACAUUACACAGUGGGAAGAGGUUGUGAAUAUCGCGAACAAAUUCAUGGGUAUAUGCAACCUCGUGUUGAUCAUGCUGCUCCUAGGGCACUGGAAUGCCUGCCUACAAUUCCUUGUACCCAUGCUGAUGGACUUUCCCGUUCAAAGUUGGGUAUCGAAGUCACAGCUUCA